GUUGUGUUUCCUCCUCUUUAUUCCCGCCUCUCGCGCGCAUUCUGGACGCAGGCGGAGGCUGAGGCGGCGAAGACGCAAAUAGAGUUAUUUGGACGCAGUUUCCAGUGAUGUGAGGAAGCCACUGCUUUUCUUUCCGGCUCGCAGACAUGGUGAGGAACAGUGAGCACUCGGAUCGGCAGGCGCUUCACUGCACGUGCCAGGUGACCAGUAACUCUUUGGCGUCUGGACCAUCUGAUAAUGUUGUGGAGCUUCCUGCUCCUUCUUACUGUGCUGCCCAGAACUCUUCAGUAGCGACAGAGAGCAGUCAGCCAGUGGACAUUAAGGAUGCAGGGAUGCGAAGGAAGAAGAAACGUAGGACUCGGAGAGUCGACAGCUCCGUAGGAACAUUCAAAGAUCUGUACAGGCUCACUGACGAGGUGCUGGGCCAGGGGGCUUACGCAAAAGUUCAAGGAUGUGUGAAUCUGCAAAAUGGAAAGGAGUAUGCUGUAAAGAUUAUUGAGAAGAUUGCCGGCCACAGUCGAAGCAGGGUAUUUAGAGAGGUGGAGACAUUAUAUCAGUGUCAAGGGAAUAAGAACAUUCUCGAGCUCACUGAGUUUUUUGAGGACGACAGCUGCUUUUAUUUGGUGUUUGAGAAGCUGUGUGGAGGCUCUAUUUUAACACACAUCCAAAGGAGGAAGCACUUUGAUGAAAGGGAAGCCAGUCGUGUUGUGAGGGAUAUAGCACAAGCACUGCACUUCUUACACACUAAAGGAAUUGCUCACCGGGACCUGAAGCCUGAAAAUAUCCUGUGCGAAUAUGUUGACAAGGUGUCUCCUGUGAAGAUCUGUGAUUUUGACUUGGGAAGUGGUGUGAAGUUGAACAGUGCCUGUACUCCCAUAACAACACCUGAGCUUACUACACCAUGUGGUUCAGCUGAGUACAUGGCUCCAGAGGUGGUGGAAGUAUUUACAGAUGAAGCCUCGUUCUACGAUAAGAGAUGUGAUCUUUGGAGCCUCGGGGUGAUCCUGUACAUUCUGCUUAGCGGUAGCCCACCUUUUACUGGCCACUGUGGAACUAACUGCGGCUGGGAACAAGGGGAAACUUGUCGUGCAUGCCAGAACAGCCUGUUUGAGCGGAUCCAGGAGGGAAAGUACGAGUUCGCAGAUCGGGACUGGGCUCACAUCUCAGAUGGUGCCAAAGACUUAAUCUCUCGGCUGCUGGUGCGAGACGCCACACUAAGGCUAAGUGCCGCUCAGGUCUUGCAGCACCCAUGGGUUCAGGGGAAUGCUCCUGAAAGAGGUCUUCCAACUCCACACGUCUUACAAAGAAGGUUCAGCACUAAGGACCUGACUCAGUUUGCGGCGGAGGCUAUAGCAUUUAACAGGCAGCUGUCGCAGCAGGACCAAGAGCAGGAGGAUAACAGUGCCAUCAUGUGCUCCAUGAGACUUUCUCCCCCCUCCAACUCCAGACUAGCAAGACGCAGGGCACAGGCUCACGCCCGCCGCAGCACCAGCCAAUACCUGAACACUACUCAGGUUCCAGAGUGACCUCACACAAGGCAAACAAGUAGCAAGUCAGAACGUUUUAUUCCUGAACAAUGCUCAGUACCACCGGUGAUCACAUAAGCAGUGGACAUCAUGUUAAGACGUGUUAACACAUAUUACAUAUAUUUUCAUAAUACUAUUAAUGUUAUGCAUUACAGCAGAGCUACAAAAGGUGCGAAUUCUCAAAACUACAUCCUUAAGGGGUGUCCUAAUUCAUGAUGGACCACAUACCCAGUGUUUAGCAUUCUAAAAGUAUGAAGCUGUGAGAUAUUUUAUGAAUAUUUAAAUAUUUAUUGCUGAUUUUUAGCCAUUUAAGGGUGCUUAGAAAUAAGGUGUGCGCAUCUACAUUAAGUAUUACUGUAAUUGUUCUCAGCUUGCUUGUAUCUCCCAACUUUAUAUAUUUGAGGUGAUGAGUUUACUUUAUGCACUUGCCGUUUUUACAUAUUUGUACAUUUAUUUUGUGAUUUUUUUGGAAAUAUUUCCAAGGCAUUUGAUAUUUUAUGCCGUAGAAAUACUGUUCAGUAGUGAUAGAUGGGCAUAUAUUUAUAUGCACAUCAUAUUCAUUAUACUUUUUUUUUUAAUUCAGUUUGCACAUUUUAUCAGGCACAGGGCUCAGCAAUGUUACAGAACAUGCCAGAAGGUAGCAUGUAUUUUGUACAUAAUGGCCAGACUAUUGUGAAAAGUCUUUCACCCCCCCCCACUUGUAAUGUCAAUAGGUUUUGUACAUCUAUAAUAUCAGAGUUUUUUUUUUUUUUCUUUCUCAUCUCUAUGCUGUUCUGCACAUUCGGCUCUUUCACUGUUUUUAUAUUACAAGGUUUUAUUUGCAUUUGAGUUUUUAAUGUUCUGUAAUAGAGAUUUUAUUUAAUGAGAGGAACGCUCUUUGUGUCAUUACUCUAGAAAUCAUUCAGCGCUUCCACAGCAUUACCACACCAAAACUAAUUUGAAAAUAUGUUUAUUAUAGUGAUGUACAUUUAAAAUGAUAAUAAUGCUGGAAGGAAAGCAGGUAAUAUGCACCUCACAUCUCCAGGGUCUUGAGUGCAAUUUCAUUAUCCUCCGGCUUCUCUGCUCUCCUAACACUGUCCAAAAAAAGAAAUAAAACAUGCAGGUAACUGGCUGUUUGCCACUCGGUGUGAGUGAGUGUAGUGAACGUGAGCUGUUGUCCCAUUUAAGUGGAAUUCUCCCUCAUGCACCCAGAGCUUCUAGGGUGGUCUGUGGGGCUGCUGAGACCCAGACCCAGGGUCUCAUCUUCUUGCUGAAUGAAUAAAAUGAUUGUUUGUAA